UGCAUGAGCUGAUGAUUUGAUGCUGGACGGACUAUCCAACUGCUUUCAAUUUAAGCGCCUCUAUUUGGGGACAAUAUGGCCGACAACGCCAAUUCUCCAAUCCUAAAAUUGAUGGUGCUGCAAAAGAAAUAAAAAGAGAAGGAGAAGAACAACUAGAAGCACGCCUAUUAGCAUGCCGGCCCAAUAGCAUGCGCGGCGCGCUAAUGAGAAUGGGGGGCCCUUCUCCAUUUCAGCCGAGGCCGGUCGGUCUGAAGGAUCUGGCCGUCUUUACACAGACACUUCACAACACGGUGGAGGCCUGUAUGGAGUGAUUGAGUGAGAGGUGUGGGGCUUCUCCUCAGGGGGUCCGUCUGACCCAACAUGGCCACAAAGCGCUCUGGCCCUCUCAGACCCAGCCCGGCCCCUCCCUUUCCGGGCCUGGUACGGUGCCUAUUCCACAGCACAAGGACAGAAAGCCUAGACGGAUCUGCUACACAAAGGCGUAUCCGCUGGCUGCCUGUGGUGAGGAAUCCCAGCGUGACCUCUACUGCAGUUGAAAACACUGAGGGGGAUCAGGGUGGACACAGGGAUGUGAAGUUGGCAGGUCGUGCGGGUUCAGAUUGGCCUGUUGACCCCUUUGCUCUCAGAUAACAGCAGCAGAGUCCAGCAGGCUUAUGAUCUCCGCGCUGCUACCCUACCGACCCGCGGUGUUCAGAGUGAGCGUCGGCGCCGAGCCGCUGCUGCAGCAACAUGGGUGUGAUCAGCGUGCAGCUGGUGGUGACCAUGGUAAUGGCCUGCGUGAUUCAGAAAAUUAUACCUCACUACUCCUUCGCCCGAUGGCUGCUUUGCAGUGGCAGUCUGCGCUGGUACCAGCAUCCCACGGAAGAGGAGCUGAGGAGCCUGGCUGGAAAGCACCAGAAGGGAGGGAAGAACAAGAAGGACAGGAAAUACAACGGGCACAUAGAAAACAAGCCGAUGACCAUCCCCAAGGACAUCGACCUUCAGCUGGAAACAAAAUCCAUUGCUGAAGUGGACACAUUAGCUCUGCACUACUUCCCUGAGUUUCAGUGGCUGGUGGACUUCACUGUGGCAGCGACAGCAGUGUACCUCAUCACCGAGCUGUAUUUCUGCAUGGCUGAGCCUAGCGGAGAGAUGAACAUCAGUGUUGUAUGGAGUCUGUUGGUGCUGGCCUUUGUCAUAAAGAUCCUCUUCUCCCUCACGGCUCAUUACUUCAAGCUGGAGGAAGGUGGGGAGCGCUCUCUCUGCAUCACCUUUGCCUUCUUCUUCUUUGUCAAAGCCAUGGCCAUCCUUAUCGUCACUGAGAACUACCUGGAGUUUGGACUUGAGACAGGUUUUGCAAAUUUCUCUGAAAGUGCUGUGCAGUUUCUGGAGAAUCAAGGCCUUGAAUCCCAGGGCCCUAUAUCCAAACUGACCUUUAAGCUGAUUCUGGCUCUGCUCUGCUCUCUGAUUGGAGCGUUCCUCACCUUCCCAGGUCUGCGGUUGGCCCAGAUGCAUCUUGAUGCCCUCACACUGAACACUGGCAAAGUCACACAGACUUUGCUCCAUAUCAACUUCUUGGCCCCUCUUAUAAUGGUACUGCUGUGGGUGAAACCCAUUACCAAGGAUUACAUAAUGAAUCCCACCCUGGGGAAAGAAAGUGUGCCUUUAAUGUCAGAAAAGACGUACGACACACUACGUCUGUGGGCCAUCCUGCUGCUGUGUGCGCUGAGGCUAGCCAUGAUGCGCCAUCACCUGCAGGCCUACCUCAACCUGGCCAAGAAGGGCGUGGAGCAGAUGAAGAAGGAAGCAGGGCGUAUCAGCACGGUGGAGCUGCAGAAAAUGGUCGCUCGUGUCUUUUACUACCUAUGUGUGAUAGCUCUUCAGUAUGUGGCACCCCUGGUGAUGCUGCUGCAUACGACUUUGCUGCUAAAAACGUUAGGUGGACAUUCCUGGGGCAUUUACCUGGAAGAAAGUUCUCCUUGUGAACUCAUGAACGAGGACUCUCAAGCCGCCACGGUGGCGCAAGGAGAGGCACAAGCCACGCAAACGGUUGCCCAACUGUCUGUGGCUUUGGGGGGGCUGAGGACCGUUUUCACCCCUUUGCUCUUUCGAGGCAUCCUCUCCUUUCUCACCUGGUGGAUAGCCGCCUGCCUGUUCUCUACAUCCCUCUUCGGCCUGUUUUACCACCAGUACCUGAUGGCGGCGUAGUGGUUGGCGAGGUGCGGGGUGCCUCAGGGGCCACUGCGAAACGGCCAGUGCUAUUGCAGAUACGGGACUGCACAGCUCGAGGCCCGGGAACUCCAUCCCACAUCUCUGUCUUACUGUCUUACGACCAUAUCAGAGUUCCACUCUUUACGGGCUUCCUCCAUGGACAUGUUUUUUUUUUUUUUUUAGGUUUUUGGUCCUUUAACGCUCAAGGUCAAGUUCGGUCAGCUGUAACAAACAAUAAGAAUAAUAAUGGUAAUAAUAACAAUGAGUAUUGUGUUGAGAAGGGUGAAUUUUAGGUGUUAAAGGUGUAUACUGAUAUAUCAGAACGAAAGGCAUCCUUGAAAAUCCUUGGAAAGCAGUGGAUUGUUUUUAUAAGCCUUUUUUUUUCUUUGUCUUUUUCUCUUUUACACACUGAGGGAACGUGCAUUUAACAUGCAUUGCUAAUGAUUAUUUGAGAUGCUGUAUUUUUUAGAGCUGAGCUUAUUCUGAUUGGACGAUUGACUGACGAUUGACUGACGAAUGUAUGUAUGUAUGUAUGAAUGGGCAAAAACAAAGGCAUAUAUAUAUAUAUAUAUUUGAUUUUUUUUUUUUUGUCUCUUAAUUUUUUUAAAGUCAGUUUUUACAUUGGCCUCCUCUGAAGUAGAAACUUCUUGGCUGUGCUGUAGGAGGGGAAGCUCAAGCUCCAGUGAUGAUGUGGUGUAUUACAGGAGAGAAGGAGUGACAUGAGGGUUGUGUACUAAUGAAUUAAAUGUGUUUGUAUGUUUGUUUGUUUGGCCUGCAUUGCAUUGAAGGGGGCAAGUUCAUAACAGCAGGCCUCUCGGUAUGUCUGUAGCUGUAGAUUGAGAAUAAUUGAGCUCAUUUAACUGUAUGCAAACAAGAGUAUCUGUGCAUAUGUGUAUAUAUGUGCAAGCGAAAGAACGACUGAACGAGCGAAAGAGUGCGAUUGAGUGAACGAGUGUGUUAAGUAUAAAGACAUCAAUGCCUGCCGGCUGCAGCUGACCCCCGCUGCUGGCGGGCGUAAAUCUAAAUGGGCAUUUUGAACAAGAAAGGAGCGAUCUUGGGGAAAACGAUCUAAAAAAGAAAGAAAAAAGAAAAAGCACUGGCCUCUGCCGCUCUUCUCCGGCCCCUCCUUUAUCGUUUAACUGGUCAAACAUUUUGCUUUGAAUCCAGGGUCCGGCGUGAUCAAACGGGAGCCCGCGAGCGCGCUCCACAUGUUCCCGUGUCGGCCCUAUUGAUUUGCUGUCACAGAUCUAGUAUUCGGAUUGAUUUCCGUUUAGCUUUUUUAUAUUAAGGUGCCAAGUACGCUUGUAACCCCUAAUCUGUUGUGAGUGUAACAUCUGCUUGUGUCCAUUCUCAGCGAUCGCACCAUAUGGCCUGCUGUGAAUUCCGAGUGUUAGCACUCAGAUGUACUCUUCAUUGAGCGAGCAGUGGUGAGGGGGGUUGGGGGAAGGAUGGAAAGAAGGACGGACUGACAGGCGAAUGAGUGGAGGCAGGGACGGACGGACGGAUGGAUGGAUUGAUAGACUCGUGGCUUCUUCACUCACAAAGAGUUCAAUGCGUUUGUUGUACCUCUGCUCUGUGGCAGUGCAUGAAGCUGAAGUGUACUAAAUUUAAUGAAGCAUCGUUCUGUUUUAAAAAGAAAAGAAAAGAGAAAAAAAAAGGAAAAAGAAAAAGAGCAUGGGUUUUGCACUACAGCUCAUACAAGCAGCACACACACAAAAACACACAGGAUGCAUAUCGGUUUGUUUUUCAAAUGUUUUUGUUGUUUUUUUUUCUGUUUCAAUUUGUAUAAAAAAAUACUUCUUUUUUUUCUUUUCUUUUUGUUUGAGAGUGGAGUCUUCAUUGGCUCUUCACUCUUCUUCUUCUCCUCUCUCCACUAUGAACGCCAGGAGAGCGUGCACAAUAUGAAUGUAUCAAUCCUGCCUAAACGCUUUCAAUCUUUUUCUCUAAUUUUUUGCGGACAUAUUAUGAUUCACUGCUGUUGAUUCUUCAUCGAUUCGUUCUUCAGUUCUGGCGAUGA